AGCUACAGCUAAAGCACAAAACUCUUUCUUUAACUCUGGUAUCCAUGCAAACCACAAAGCCUCAUGCAGCACUAUUGGCUAGCCCUGGCAUGGGGCACUUCAUCCCUGUCCUAGAGCUAGGCAAACGCCUGGUAAGUGAACAUGGCUUCAAUGCCACAGUCUUUGUGGUCACGACCGAUACCUCACUCUCCCAAUCCCAGCUUCUCAAAAAAUCACAUCCUAUUCCCAAACUACUUGAUAUUGUCCUGCUCCCACCAGUGGACAUUUCUACCCUAAUCAACCCAACUACUGGGAUCCUAGCACAACUUGCCAUAAUGAUGCGUCAAGCUUUACCAAGCUUGCGCCAGGCAAUAUCAGCAAUGAAGUUUUGCCCAACCGCUCUUAUUGUUGAUAUUUUUGGAACUGAAGCUUUCGCCAUUUCUGAAGAGCUUAACAUGCUCAAAUACGUGUUUAUCACUUCCACUGCAUGGUUUCUUGCUCUAACCAUACACCUGCCUACCCUUGAUGCUAAGGUGGUGGAAGAGGAGCAUGUUAGGAACCAUGAACCGCUAAUGAUUCCUGGGUGCAGCUCAGUUCGGUUUGAGGACACCUUUGAACCGGUACUAGACCGAAAUAAUCAGAUGUACAUCGAGUACAUUCGCAUGGGGGUUCAGAUGCCGACGGCUGACGGUAUUUUGGUGAAUACAUGGCAGGAUCUUGAGCCCAAAACGCUUGGCGCACUUGGAGACAAAAGGAAGCUUGGAUGGGUGGCUCAGGCGCCUGUCUACGCAGUUGGGCCACUGGUCAGACCCGUCAAACCCGGUUCGAGUAGUGACGUGUUGGGUUGGCUGGAUAUGCAACCCCAACAGUCGGUUGUUUAUGUUUCAUUUGGGAGUGGCGGAACACUUUCAGCUAAGCAAACAACCGAACUGGCAUGGGGUUUGGAGUUGAGCGAGCAGAGAUUUAUUUGGGUAGUACGGCCUCCCGUAGAGGACGAUGCAGCUGCUGCAAUUUUCAAGACAGGCCAUAGGAGUGAUAACACUCCAGAUUUUCUGCCUGAUGGAUUCCUGACGCGGAACCAAAAGAAGGGUCUGGUGGUCCCAAUGUGGGCACCCCAAACUGAGAUCUUGAGCCACCCAUCGGUGGGUGGAUUCUUAUCACACUGUGGUUGGAACUCAACCUUGGAGAGUAUAGUAAACGGGUUACCCAUGAUUGCUUGGCCACUAUAUGCAGAGCAGGGGAUGAACGCUACAAUGCUUACGGAGGAUAUUGGGGUGGCUGUUCGGUUGAAGUCGACACCACCAGUAGUGGUGAGCAGGGAGGAGAUAGAGACAACGAUUAGACAAGUAAUGGAGGACAAAGGAGAUGCAAUAAGGGCUAGAGCAAAGACACUAAAGUCAAGUGCCGAGAAGGCUUUGAGUAAGGGUGGCUCCUCAUAUAAUUCACUUUCUUAUGUGGCAAAUGACUGCGAGAUUAGGUUGAGGUACAUUAAAACAAAGGCUGAAGGAGCUUAGAAGAAGAAAAAUGUCCUCCAUUCUCUAGUACGCUUUGAUUUCCCAGUGCCAGUAACAAGAAGGAUGCUGUAUUUCCUUUUAAUGAAUA